UAGCAAACUCUUCCUACUGCGACUUCAGUUUGAAAUUAUUUAUUUAGUAGACUAGAACGCACUAUGAAAUUCAUUUCCUUAACUUUAGCCGUUAUCAUAUCAGCCUCAAUGGCUGUGGCUGCGGUUGCCCCCUAUUUGCCGCCUAAGCCUGAAAACAACAGUUUUGGCAGAGACAAAUCAUCUGAGAAUGAAGUAUUUGCGGCAAGUGCUCCUGCGGCACUAUAUGCAGCUCCUUCAGCUGAUAGUUCAACACUCUCCCAAGAUCAUGCAAUUCCCAAAGAAUCAUCCUCUGCAUCAGCUACCAUACCUGUGAUUUUAGCUUUAAGUCCCGUUACUGCUGCUGCCACCCUUCCCAUAGGACAAAUUGCCCCUUCUAUUGUCUAUGGCAGUCAGGGAGGCCUUAUACAAGCAGGUUCCGUUCCUGCACUCCAAUACCUUGCUUCUGGUCAAAUUGUUGCUGGUCCAACAUCGCUACACCAAUCUGCUGCCAUAGUACCAGCAGCAUCUUCUGCUGCCCUUCAAUACUUCAAUCCAGGUAUAUCCACCAUUACCCAGCCUGGAGGAUUCUUACAAGCAGCAGCCUCUCCCACUGUUCAAUACAUAGUUCCCUCUGGAGUUUCCUAUGGCCAUAUACAAGCAGCUUCAGCACCCAUACAAAGUUAUGCAGCCCCUGCCAGUGGUCAAAUCUUCCUGGCUGCUACGAGUCAACCAGGAGGUUUUAUUGCUAAUGGAGGAACUCGGUAUGCAUUGAAUGGUGGCUAUGCAAAUAAGAUUAAGAAAUGAUAAAAUGCAAAUAUUUAAAUACGUUUGUAGGGUAAUAAAUAUUGUUUUGACAUAAUUUUAAAAUGUGAUAGCAUCAAUGAAAUAUUUGCUUCAUUAUUCCCAGAUGUGAAACAAAUAAAAUGAAACUGGUUAAAGGAA